UUCCAUCUCUGUUCUCUAUCUCGUAACUUCACUCAUCUUCUCUGUGUGUUCUCUUCCGACUUUUCAAUUAUAAAUCCAUAAUAAUGGGGUUGAAGGGUUUUGUUGAAGGUGGUAUUGCCUCUAUUGUCGCCGGUGCCUCCACCCACCCUCUUGACCUCAUCAAGGUCCGUAUGCAACUCCAAGGCGAAUCCUACCUCCCAAAUCCUGCUUCCAUUCAAGCCUUCCGCCCUGCAAUCGCCUUCAACACAGUUUCGGCAGCUGGCAACAUUUCCCUACCAGUAGAAAUUCCUCCUCCGCCGUCUCGUGUUGGACCCAUUUCUAUUGGCUGCCGUAUCAUCCAAUCUGAAGGUGUUUCCGCUCUUUUCACUGGCGUCUCCGCCACUAUUCUCCGCCAGACCUUAUAUUCCACCACCCGUAUGGGUCUUUAUGAUAUUCUCAAACACAAGUGGACGGAACAAGAUACUGGAAGUAUGCCACUUCUACGCAAGAUUCUCGCUGGCCUUAUUUCCGGUGGCGUUGGAGCUGCCGUCGGGAACCCAGCUGAUGUGGCUAUGGUUCGAAUGCAGGCUGAUGGACGUCUCCCAAUUGACCAACGUCGCAAUUACAAAAGCGUGUUCGAUGCUCUAACUCAAAUGUCGAAGCAAGAAGGCAUUGCUAGCCUGUGGCGUGGCUCAAGUCUCACAGUGAACCGUGCAAUGAUUGUCACCGCAUCACAGCUCGCAUCCUAUGAUCAGAUCAAGGAGAUAAUCUUGCAAAAGGGUGUGAUGAAUGAUGGAAUAGGGACCCAUGUGACGGCGAGUUUCGCUGCUGGGUUUGUGGCUUCGGUAGCUUCAAACCCUAUUGAUGUGAUAAAGACCAGGGUUAUGAAUAUGAAGGUGGAGGCAGGGGCAGAGCCGCCGUACAAGGGUGCAUUAGACUGUGCAAUGAAGACGGUGAGGGCGGAGGGACCGAUGGCCUUGUAUAAGGGAUUUAUCCCUACAAUUUCAAGGCAAGGACCUUUCACAGUGGUGCUCUUUGUCACGCUAGAGCAGGUCCGGAAGCUACUAAAAGAUUUCUGAUUGAGAUGAUGGCCGCCAAAGCUAGCUAGCUGUGAAUUUCAGCUUCAUUAUUGAGAGAAUUAUUCUCUAUUCUUUUUGUAGGCACAUGACCACGAUCAUUAACUAUUCCAUUACUGUAAAGAAGAGUUGAUUUUCAUAUAAUUUCGUAUUUUAUCACGUAA